GAUUAACUGCAGAUUAAACUCAGUCAUCGUCAUCGUCUCCGCAGCAGCGUCAGAUCUUAACGUUCACAACAUUCACUGACGAGUCCCAUUCAGUCCACUUCAGUGCCGAGGACACGUCUGAUUGGCCGCAGCUGUGUGUGUGACAUCAUGUCUCGCCAACUUGUCUGCGUUUGCUUCGUUGCCGUCGCCCUGUGGUCAGUGUCUGUGCUCAGUGUGUCAGUCUUCUCAGAUCCAUCUCAUGCUCACAUGUUGCUUCGUUCUCGUCGAGCGAACUCAUUCCUGGAGGAGCUGAAACCUGCUUCCAUGGAGCGUGAAUGUGUGGAGGAGAAGUGUGACUUUGAAGAAGCCCAAGAGAUUUUCCACACGAGAGAAGCCACACUGGAGUUCUGGACAGUUUACACAGAUGGGAACCAGUGUAACUCAAACAUGUGUGUUCAUGGAUCCUGUGUGGAUCUGUACCAGGCCUUCGCCUGCCGCUGUCACCAUGGAUACGAGGGCAGAUACUGCAACCAUGUUGUCACAGCCACAAACUGCUCGGUGGAUAACGGCGGCUGUGACCACGAGUGUGUGGACAGCAAGGACGGUGGGACGCGCAGCUGCAGCUGUGUCAGUGGAUAUAAACUCCACGACAACAGCAGGAAUUGUCUCCCAAAAGGUCCCUCGUCCUGUGGUCAGCUGCUGAUUGGCCGGUCGUCUUACACCAAACAGAUGGACGGUCUGCUGCCGUGGAUGGUGGGAGGCGAGGUGGGGAAAAAAGGAGAGAGUCCCUGGCAGGUGCUGUUACUGAACGCUCGGGGACUUUUUCACUGCGGCGGCGUCCUUAUCAGUGAGAGCUGGGUCCUGACAGCGGCUCACUGCCUCGACACCAGUCUGAGGUUUAAAGUACGACUCGGUGACUACGAGCGUUUCAGAGACGAGGGCACUGAGGUCACGCUGAAGGUCAUCAGGAUCUUCAAACACCCAGACUACAAUGUCAGGACAGUGGACAACGACAUCGCCCUCCUGCGCCUGGAGACGCCCGCCCCACUCUCCGAGUACAUCGUCCCCGCUUGUCUCCCGGGACGCGAGUUGGCCGAGCGGGUGCUGCACAUCAAUGGCACCGUCACCGUGGUGACGGGCUGGGGAAAAGAGGACCUGGACGAAUCCAAGUUCAGCUCGGCGCUGAACGUCAUCAAGGUCCCGCUGGUCAGCCACAGUGUGUGCAGCCAGCACAUGUCCAACAACAUCAGCGACAAUGUCCUCUGCGCUGGGAUCCUGGGACAGAGGAAGGACGCAUGUGAGGGGGACAGCGGUGGACCCAUGGUCACGCUGUACCGAGACACCUGGUUCCUGGUGGGUUUGGUCUCCUGGGGUGAAGGCUGUGGCAGGGAGGACAAGCUGGGCAUCUACACCAAGGUGUCCAACUACAACACGUGGAUCCAGAAAGUGCAGGAUGACUGGGACAAUGGUCACUUCUCUCAAAAUCCACCAAACCCUUAAUCCACCACCAUCCCAAACCCACAAUCCAGUGUGGUCUGUAAAACCUGGUCCUAAACACAGCAGAGAGGUCACAUUACACACUUUGUGAAAUAAACUUGUUCUGUCUCCACAA